GUUUCAACCGUUGGCGCUUUUUACAAACUUCAUUUAUAAUUUAUGGACGCAUAAACAGAUGUUAUUGUUAACGGGACCAUUAUUUGGGGGAUUUUAUUCCGCUCAAAUGAAAAUAAGGAUACAAACGAAACAAGAGAUAUCAGAUCCCAACGUAAAAAAAACUUCCACCUAGUGAUACUCAGGGAACCUGCUGCGCUUCACGGACUAGUCUGCUCGAUUUGACGUUUCUAAUCUUUUAAUUAGUUAAAACUGGCUAUCGCCUAUAGUCAUUUGAAGUCAACUGAUAAGAUGGCAUCUCAUCGUUACGGGGAGCUCAGUGGAAUCGAUUCAGGAUCGCUUAGUGAAAGACAAGACUCAAUGUUUGACCGAUAUCUCGAUGAAAUGAAACCGUACGUACUUCGGCUGCCCCACAAAUCAGGUAUAGCUUAAAUAUCUUGCCGAAUUUUAACCUUGCAUCUGUAGAUUUAACAAAAUUGUAUAUUUUUUUGUUAUGAAAUUGAAAACAAAACAUAUCAAAUGAUGUGAUAGUUGUUACAUGCACUCAGGGCUUGGUAAUCUUUUCAUAUGCACGGGGAUUAACUCCAUAACAACAACAUUAGGUGCUGAGUUGAUUUAGACUGCAUAUCCGUUGAUUCACGUUGAACAUUCUGUCAGCAGACACUUGGUUGAUCGCUAGGUUUUUUGUCUCAGCAGAUUGCUAUUCAGUUAAACAAAAGGUCCUAAUUCGAUUUUGCGUUGCAAAAGUAUCAGAAAAAUAUUUUCCCCCUUUGUAAGAUAAUUUUUUAUCAGUCUUAAAGAUACGAAGGAACCUCUUUGAACAUGUUGAAAAGAUGCCCUUCGCCUUCAGCGUAAUUUUAAAAUUAGAAUUGAUUUCUCUGUGUGAUCUUAAAAAUUGGGAAUCAAUAUACCAACUUCUGUUGAGAUAUUUCAUUCUAAAUACUGGUUUUUCCUAAUGUUUUUCUGACUGCUCAAGAAAAUUUUGGUGUUUUUUUUAACUAGAAUAAUUGGCAUUUAACUCUCAGAACAAACCAGGUUUUGCUUAUCAAGAGAGUUAAUUAUUGGUGUGACAAAUUUCUUACUUCCUUUUUGACAUAAAAAUCAAUUUUGUCCUUUACUUCAUUUAGACAAAGCUGUAAAUUGGUCGACUACAAGCAGAAGCAAAAAACCCCAAACGAGAACCAAGAGCAAUUUUAUUUUCAUAGGAAAGGCAGAAAUUUAUUAGGCCUGCUUCCCGAUCAUAACAAGCUGUUCUGUUCCCUUACACCCUAGACUAUGUUCACAAUUGGCAUAGCAUUCAUAGUCUUAAUUACAGAUGUACCAUAUGUUACUUAGGAUAAGAAACAAAUUUGAAAAAUAGAGACAUUCUGAAUAUGCCUACAAUCAACAUACCAAGGAUAUAGCAAAAGGAUUAUGCUUAUGAUUUAUAUGCUUGUGUCAAAGUUGCAGGAUUAAUGUUAAAGUUUAUAAUAUAGAUAUUGAUGUGAUACCUCAAACUCUCCUGUUUCAAAACACGGCAUCUCUACCAGGUAUUGUUAAUGUACCAUCUUUAUCUUCACAUGUGAAGGUAAUAAUAUUUUCAUGGUUACCAGGUUUUAAUCAAUAUGGGGGUUUCUUGUUUCCAUACCCAACUAUGUAAUAUCUGCAAAAUGUGUAGAAUCUAGGGUACAUUAUACAGUUUUCAAUCAUGUGACAUUUCAGGUUCAACUUGCCAAUAUAUAUUUAUUGGUUCAUCAUUUAUUUAGCAAUCUAUUUAAUGAUUAACUCAAUUUAACUAAACAGCUAAAAAGUCUUACCAACUUUGAUUCAAAUAAUAAUUUAGUUAUAAAUUACUAUUUUGUGUAUAUGUAUGCUAAAGAUAUCAGUAAAGUUUUGGCUAGUUUAUACAGAAUGAUUAAUGUGACAAUCAAAUGCAAGAAAGCAGGGAAACAUGGGAUGAAUAGAAAUUGAUAGAAGUGUUCUAUCAGUUUCAUCUCCUACCAAAUAAUGCGGAAAAUGAAUCUGUUGUGUUAUGUAUUUUUCAAUGGGAUUGGAAUUCUCUGACUUAAUUUUUUUUUUUUUUUUUUUUCUUUUGCCUUAUUGAGAAUGAUAAUUGAAGGUAAAUAUUUAUUAUUCCAUUUUUAGAGAAAAAUGAAAAUUGCAUAUAAGGUUUCCCUUUAAUUUUUUCAGGAAAGAAUGAUUAGUUAUACAUUGGUGUUCCGUACAUUGGUGUUCCAUUAACAACCUUUUGACAUGAAAUUUUAAAACUUCACUAUUUUCAGAGAGGCAAAGAGUUGCACUAUGGAUUAAAAAACUGUGUGAGCCUCCUGGUCCAGGAACAAGUGGAAGGUAAGUUGACAGCAAAUAAAAGGAUCAAGUUUAGAGUAUAACAAAUAAGGACAAAUGAAAUUCCUACAUUUCUUCAUAUUCAGAAACACUUUAAGAUUUAUACAUUUUCUGUAAUUACAUGAUUGUAAAUUUGAUGCAGAAAAGUGGAAAUUAUGUCCUACUUUUUUGUCUAAUAAUUUUUUUGGUGAAAAUAGAGGACACUAAAACAAACUCGAUGUAACCUACUACUUCUCCUACUAAAUCUUUUGUGUGUUGAUAAUCUUCCUACAGGAAAAACCGCAACCUUUAUGCUCAGUUGUUGCUCCACAUGGUUAAACGCAACCUGUUAGAGGAACCAUUUACCAGACGACCUGAGGCAGGACCACUUAAAACCUUGCCAUCAUACAUGGUACAUAAGUGUAUACAUAUUUAUACUGUGACUCACAAUCACCAGAAAUUUGUUAAAAAUCAAACAAACCUUUUAUAUCGGAAAGGCUAUCUAUGGUAUGUAAACUAUGUAAGUAUGUGCUUCUCAGCCCACAAAAUGUAAAUCCUACAGCUCCAGAUAUAUAUAAUUAAAAAUAAUAGUACAAAAUGUUAAAAUAAUGAAUGUAAUGGACGAAUCACUCACUGCUUGAUAUUUGAACAUCUGAACCUUUUUGCAGUCCAUUUAUCUUGAUGAACCUAUACAAAAGAGAAGUGCCAGUGCAGAACUUGAAGAGGUAUACCUAUUUGUCUAAACUUUGAUGUAAUAAAAUCUGUACUGAAGUAUACAACAGUUUUUGGGGAAAAAAUUGUAUGUACAUGGUGUAUUUGUGGCAGUUAAAUUUAAACUUCAGGUAGAAAAAUUUGUGCUUAGGUGGCUUGUCAGUUUCCCUGUCGUCUUUACCUAAGUUGUGAAUGAGUAGAAGUGGAAGAAAAAAUAAAAUUGGCAUUUAUCAAUUUCAGAUAGAUUUGUUUCUUCAACUGAAGAAACUUCAUUGUAAUAUAAGAAAAAAAGUAGAGAAAAUAUGGUUUCUAUGUUUGUUAAAUGAAAAUAAUUUGUUUUGAGAAAAAAAAUUGUCUAUAGUUAAAACUUCUUUGGGAAAAUUUAGACAUAAGAUUUGCAAUUUUGAUUUUUGUAUAUUGAUUUUAAAUUGUCAUGUAUUUACAUGUAAGUGCUUCAAAUUUCUUUAAUUUUCUUUUGUUUAUUUGAAAGGAAUUUGGCCAUAAACCACCAGAUUGGCUCAGAGAAAUCCCCAGUUCAUCAGGUAUCUGAAGUAAAAUUGUUAUUUUACUGAAAUUGAUUUUCUUGAUAAGCUGCUUACUCAACUGAAAAACACAUGAUUAAUAUAUACAUGUAAUUAAUUUUUUAAUUUUUUCAGGAAGUGCUCUUUCAGAUAUCUCGGGAAGCAUCCCCUCUACUUCAAGAAGGUGUGUAAACUUUCAGAAAAUUGCCUAAAAAAAAACUCUUUACUUUUUCUCUGAGAACCUUUUAAUAAGUAGGUUUUUGUUGGCUAAGACUUUUUCACAUAAUAUUCUGUAUUUAAGUAAUAGGGGACUUUUUCCUUGUUUAUAUGGUCUCGUGUGAACAUAAGGGGUAAAAAGAAUUUGAGAAAAUUGUCAAAAACUUAAUAUUUGCUUUCAGGGAGUUGCCAACUACUAGUGGUGUAAAUCCAGUCACUGGGCCACGAUCCACAACUUACAGCACUUCUAGCAGAGAGGAGAAAAAUGGUUAUGAAGUGGCUCCUGGAUUUGAUCAACCACUUGAGGAAAAACGUUACAAGGGAAGACUAUCUUCUGGCUACCCAGGCUCUGAUGAUAUUCUAGAGUCAAGAUAUGGGGGUCGUAUUUCCCCACCACCUCGUCGGCAUUAUGAGAGUCCAUCAGAAUAUCAGCACACCGAUUCAGGGUAUCCUUCUACGUCACCAGUGAGUCACAUUUUUUAUCACGUAGACCUUGCUUUAGUUGUUAACACUGGAUAAAUCUCUCUCUAGUGGAUAGUGCAGUACACUGUUUGUUUACACUUAUCCACUGGAUAGCAAUUAAUUUUUUUAUCCAUUGAAUACCAUUAUCUGCCCUUUGAGCAACUGGCCCCUGUAAUAUAAUGUGGAUGUUCAGUUAAAGUUUUUACACAAUAAAUGAUAGUCUUGAAGUGAUAUGAUGUCAUUCCAUUGCGAUCAAAUAGCUGUGUUACAUCACUGUACAAAAUAAUGGCAGAAAUGGUCCCUUGGAAUAGUUGUAUGCUCAUGGUAAGAACCUUUUGGAAAUCAGUCAGUUGGUGAAUGUCAUGAAGGAAAACUUCUAAAUCUACAUGUCUCAUGGUUAUUUGCUCUGAUAAGGGGCUAAUGCCUGAAUUGUCAUGAAGGAAAACUUCUAAAUCUACAUGUCUCAUGGUUAUUUGCUCUGAUAAAGGGCUAAUGCCUGAAUUGUUAGCUCUAGAAACUUUUUACAGUGGCCAAUUCACAUUAUCAUUGACACAGUGAUACAAUUUCUUUAGAAACUUACCCACUUCCUUCAAAAUUCCUUCUACAUUUACACUCUAAGGAAAUAACAUUGAAGCCUUCUUGUCAUGUUUUCUAAGGGAUGCAAUAUUUCUGAUUUUUUAAAUUAAUUUUUCCCAUUUUUUCUUGUCCUGGUCCAAGAAAACUUUGGACUAAUUGUUAUAUUUCUUGUUUCUUUAUUUUGUAGCCAUCAAAAACAAAUCACUACAAUGGGUUUACCAAAGGUACGUUCAUUUCCUCUCUUGGUUUAAGGACCAACUUUCCCUCCUCUUUCACUUCUUUACUGUCAAGCACUGUAAUUCUUUAAACUAAAUUACAUGAUGAUGAAUAAAAUUGGUGAUAAUCAAAUUUGUUAUUUUGAUUCUCACUACACAAGUCACUUAAUAGAGAAGAUAAACAUCUCUGGACUUUGGCAUUCCCCGCUCCAUGUUAUUCAUAUGUAUCCCAGGUUACCCUAAGCAUUUUUGUGAUCCUUCCUUAACAGACAUUUACCAAGUUCUACCUGUUUCUGUUUUUUGAUUGGAUGUAGUGCUGUGAGUAUCCAGUCCAAGAACACAAAUAAUAUAAUGAUUGCAGCCAUGAAAUGAACCUAGAAGGAUUGUUCUGUUGUCUGCUGUACUACAGAGCUCACUGCCUACUGCGCUGAAAACUGAAGAAAGUCUCUUAUAAUUAUAGUAAUUUUUUCACUAUCUUUUUUAUAAAGGAAUAUCAUCUUUAAAUGGAACUUUGCGGGAAGACCAUAGCUUCAAUCGUUCCAGUGACAGAGAGGUAAUUAUUGUUAUUUCCCUCACUCCAAGGAGCCAUCACCAUAUGUAACUUUUAUUGCCUCUUGAAUUAAUAAAUUUAUUAAUUACUGUAUGAGCUUUUGUGCAGAUAUAUCAGCAAAUUCUCAGCAGCAACCAAGAAAGAGUUGUAUUUAAUACAUAAUCUGAAUCACUGAGUAAUUCCAUCAAAGCCAAAGGGAACUCAAACUGAAAACAACCAAACUGCCCUUAAUCUGAUCCGCAUCUGAUUGGUUAAGAGGGUAGCGUGAGUUUUCUGGACCAACUCCCCUCACAUCACUUUUGUAUUGAAAUGGAAAUUUAUCUGAUGCAUCAUUUCUGUGAAGAGGAUCAAUUAUUACAAUAUAGUAUUAAAAGUAGCAUUUUGUAAAGAGAUUGCAGACUGAUUAAGUGUACUCAGUCUCAAAAUAUAUUAUUUUCGGCAGAUUGAGCUAAGAACAAAGAUGGUUGAGGCCAAAUAUCAUGAAGAUAAACUUAAACUUCAGCAACAACAUGAUGUUGCAGUUCAAAAGGUAUUCUGAAAUAAAUUUUUAGUGAUUUCACAGGUCAGAAAAUAGUUAGGGAAAUAGAACAUUCCUCAAGGUCAAGGAGAAGUCAGGGAAUUUUUUUUUCAAUUAGAUUGAGGAGGUAAAUUGAAAUUUUGAUCAAAGUUAGGAAAAACUGAAACACCACUUUGAUCACAUCAACGUUUUUCCUUUACAAAGAAGACAAAAUUUUUCUUCCAUUUUCUUAGUCUUUUAUGUGAGGGCCAUAAUAGGAAUGCUAUUGACUUAAAUAUUGCAAUUUGCUUAAUAGAAUAUUUCAUUGGAAAGGAUGGGCACUUUGAAAGGGAGGCUAAAGACCAUUGCAAUUUAUUACCCUUUGUAUUAAUUUGUUUUGGUAAAUUUUUACUUCUAUAAGAGGGGGAAGUCAGAGAAUUUUUGAAAACCAGUGUCUGUGGAAACCAUAGUUUCAAAAGAACACCUGGGUGGUAGAUGGUGGCAGCCAAACUUAAAAUCAUAUGUUGCUCUGUAUGUAUCAUUUUGUGGUUUGUUUUUAUUAAUAUGGUGUUUUUGUUAUAAAAUGCCAUGGUUAAGAUUCUAGAUAGAAAGAACAUGGAGUUGGAGGAAGUGAAAUCACACUACAGAAACAAAAUUACUGAAAUGGAAGCAGCUGCCAAGAAACAGGAAAGGAAAGGUGAGGAAGGAAGCAACACAUGCUCUCAAAAUAAUACAAUGACCCUUACUGUUCUUAGCAAUCAGAGCUUCUUAGGUUGGUGAUCAUUUCCUUUAUUCUCCUGAUAUUAAUGAAUGAUUCACCAGUAUUAUUGUGAGGAGAAAUUAGAUGCUGGUCAUUUGUAGGGUUUAAAGGGUAAACCAGAUGAAACUUCAUUGUUGUAUGUUAUGCACACCUUUUGAAUAGUGUAAUAUAAAUAUUUUUGGAAUAUUUAAGUAGUAAAGUGUAUAAUUAGGUAUAUUUUUACAUGACUGUGUAACCUAUAACCUGGCCAUAUGCUCACCAGCCCAUAGAAUUUUUAUAUUGUGUGUUUGGGUCAUCUUUGUCUUGUAACACAAUUGAGAAAUUUGGCCUCACAGUAUGAGAUAAUUUAAUAUGUAACAUGAGUAACAAUGACAAUUACAGAGGUUUCAUUAAAAGCCAGGUACCAGCAGUCUACCACCACCUAUAAGACCUCUUACUGCAGUUUUUUUUAGCCUGUAAGAAGGCUCAGGAGUUUGGGUUUUGCCUUACAGCCCCUUUCCAGGCACUGCAGCCUAUUACACCAUCAGCAGCUGCUUAUGAAAAAAGUUAUUGAAUCCCCUACAUUAUCACUGUUAUAAUUUUACCUCACUCUAAUACAUGUCUUAGUGUACAUAAACUAUAUGAAAGAUACAAAAAUGUGUAUACACAAUGAUGCUGGUUAUGGUAUUCUUUGUUCAGUCUCCCAGCUUGUAAGAGAUGCUCAGACAAUGAAGGAACAAAGAGAUGCCCAAUUAGCAGAGUUAAAGACCCUUGCAGAGCAGAAUGGUGAAACAGCACAACAUGACUUUGAGAAGAAGGUCAGUGAGUGUUGUUAUAAUACUGUUAAAUUGUGAUUAUAUCACUUCGCACUGUCUUGCAAACUUUUCUGGAAAUUGAUUUGUUGUAAUUGACAUAAUUGAAGUUGGUGGAGUGGUAUCAGAAUGCAAGUUAGUUAUCAAUGUUACUAUUAAAUGUAGUGUUAGCAUAGUGAGUGCUAUGUGAUAUUCAAUAAAAUUCAUGAAAUUUAGAAUCAGUUAAUUAACAAAAAGAAGUGUCCUGAUGUCUACACCUCUGAUUCUUUCAGUGAUAACUGAUUUCAAAUGGAAAUACUGGUGAGCAAAGCAAGCAAAGGAAAUAUGUGGGGUUUCAAAAAAAACAAAUAAAGAAAAAUACCAUGACUCUUUCCUUUUUGUUUGCUUGUUCUGUUUCACCCUGUCCCUCCUUUUUUCUCUGAACUGUCCCCUCUAACCUCAAAGCUGGUAUUUUAAUUAUCAACCUUAAUGAUUGUUUUCCACAUAGACAUUCAAAUUUAUUCUAUCUUACCACAAUGUUCAAAACACAAAUAAAUUUGACCCCUUUCAGUUGAAUGACAAGGUGGCUGAGUUUGAGCAAGAGAAGUUUGAGAUGCAGAAGCAACACACUCAAAACAUUCAAGAGUUGCUGGACGAAACAAAUCAGAGAUUGCAAAAAAUGGAGACAGAAUACAACCAACAGAACAGUACUACUGUAAGUACAAACACCUGUAUAGCAAACUGUUUGUGAAACCAUUCCACUUGUAUUGCCCCAUAAUCUAAUUGCAUGGUGCUGACUCUCCCAAUGUUUGGUUGUAAUUCUCCUCUGCUCAGAGACUUGUCAUUCAGGAGUUAGAAGCACGAGUACAACAACUUACCCAGGAAUCAGAAGAACUUCAGAAUUCUAGAUCAAAACUUGCCAAGGACAAGGUGUGUAUAAAUGAUAUCACAAUUGUUUUAGUUUCCUUUUAUUUUGUAACUACUUUUGAAAGAAAUCCUAGCUGACAUAAUGACCUAAUGCUCAUUGCACUGGACUCCAGGGCCGGGUUCGAAACACAAUUAACGUAACCCAGGGUUAGUGCAAAUUUUUAAUACAGUUUAACAGCUUUUUAGAGAAGUUUUUCUUUCUAUUUUUAUCCUUUUAGUUUCAAGUCAUAUUGAGAUAAAACCCAACAAAACUCUAGCUCUUAAACACACUCAUCUGCAAGGGAAAUUAAAGUCAAGGUUAACUUUUAAUCCUGGAUUAAUGCUAAACCCUUUUCUAACAACCUGGCCCUGCAGGUCGCAGGUCUAGGUUCGGCACCUGACAGGCCACUGUGUUGUGUUCUUGGGCAAGACACUGUUCUUUCACCGUGCCCCUCUCCACCCAGGAGUGUAAAUGGGUACUAAUUGUCAAAAAAGCCUAUAGAUAUGCUUGGUGAAGGGGGGUAAGUAACCUUUUGAUGGACUAGCAUCUCAUAUCUCAUGGGGGGGGGGUAAUUCACCUUGUCACUUCAUGCCAUGGGUUAAACCAGGAUGAGCCACUUGUCUCGAGUACAGACAUAACCUUACCUUCACCUUUGAAUAGAUUGAUAAAUGAGUGGAAUUUUUUUAAAGUGGACUUGACAACCUUUUGGUGAUUACAAAAGUGUAAGGUUAUGAUGCCUUUCCUUACAAACAACUGUAUAAUUAUAAGCAUGGAAUGCCUAUUGCUUUAACACUCCAGGAAAAUACACACCUGUUGGUAUAUCUUUCUGAUUAGGAUUCUUCGGUUUGGGACCCCUUUUCCCGUCAGAAUUCAAUUUAAACAUCAUACUUGCCUUCACUGACGAUCGUUAUGAUGUCGUGUGGCUAAAGAAAGAAAUUUCUUGUUAUUUUUAAAGCAGUUUUUUCUUCUGCUUCAACUUGCCUUUUUAGGAAGAACUAGAACAGCAAGCAUCAUCUUUGUCAACUGAAUUGCAGGAGGCAAAAUCAAGGUAAUGUUCUUAUUGCUGUUGUUGUUUCAUCUUGAAGUUUUAGGGGAAGGUCACUCAGAUUUUCUCUUCAUGAAAAACAUUUUCGUGGUAAAUCCAUGGUAGUGCGAUGUACUGGUUUACCCUGAAAAUGAACUUACACGAUGUGGGUUUCAAGUUUAAGUUCCUGUGGCUGUGUGGUUAGCUUGAAGUUGUAGCGCUAAAGAGGCAAGAAGACAAGAUGAAGUGAACGCUGUCUUAAGCCCUACAGGAUUGCUUUCUUUGUUCAGCAACAACAACAAAAAUUAUUGUGGCCAGCUUACAAUGAGGUCGCAAAAGACAACAGCCUUCCUUUUUUAAAACAAUUAAUAGAAAGAAAAUCACGAAAAGUUGCCUCAAAUAUAUCUUGCGGUUCUAUAGUGAAAUAUUUUAUAAAAUCCUGCUACCUCAUCAAAACAAAUAUGGGUCUUGCCCUUGGGGACUGAAUUUAACGGAUGAGAUGUUCCUUUUUUGUGUUCAUCAACUUUACCUGUGCCCAUUAAAACGCAAAUAGAACUUGCUCAGUGUGGUGUAAUUUUGACCUCGUGCUUGUUCAAUGAAACAUGUGUAAUACCCCUGUGUAUUGUUUUUAGUCUGUCCAAAAUGGAGAAAGAUCAUUCGCAAGCAAUUAAUGAACAUAAGACGGUAGUUAAACAGUUGAACAAGAAGACAGAUUCCAGUAUGGAAAGCAUGAAGCAACAGCAUACCGCAGCGAUUUCUAAGGUACAGAACCUACGUAAUACUGUUAACAAACAUAGCUAGAAGAGGAGACAAGCAAGGGGUCGAGUGCGAGUCGAGCACGAGGAGGGCGCAACGGUCGAGACAAACGAGAGGAAGAGGAAUUUUCGUCUCUCGCGUGCCUCGCCUGAAAAACCGUUAAAAAAAUAGGGGAGAAACGGUACGAGGACUUAGGACAGCGUAUGUUAGGGAUGACAAUGAUAAGGGUUGUCAUGACAGAACUCGUUUGAUAGUUUCAAGAAAUGUUUUAUCUCGCAGAACCUCUUCUUUCCUUGAGGUAAAAUUAAGGUAUUUUGAUUCCCAGGCCACCGACACUAUAGCAGAAUUGGAGACACAGGUCAACCAACUUAAACAAGCUCUACAAGAUUCAGAGUUUCAACGACAGAGGCAGCUUAGGGUAAGAACUGUACACACAUUUCCUCUUUGUGUUUUUGUCUGUUUUGAUUGCUUUUUCCAUUGAUGACGUUAAGUUCCUGGUUUUUUAUUUUAUCGAUCAGUGUUCUAGCGCUUCUCCGCUUAAGCAGAUUCGCUGCUUUGUUCCUCAAUCGUUUAGCGUUAAUUUCUUCCAUUUAAUUUUUAUCCUUUGUCAUCAACAGGAACUAGAAUCUGCCCACAAGCAGGAGAAAUUGAAUUUAGAACAUCUGCACGAGAAAAAGGUGGGUAAAAAUUAAGGCUUUCUGUUGAGCUGAAUAAAAAGAUACCAUGUGUUUUCUUUAACUGUCUGUGUUAUUUUCUUUAGAUUCGAGGUAUUCAAUCUGAGCUCGAACAAGGCGAGGCAGAAUCGGAGAAGCGGAUGAGAAAGUUGGAAAAUCUUGUCAAGUAAGCCCCUUUAUUGUGCUCUAUCCUUGGGGUGCGUCUUUGCCAAUGUUCAGCUAUUUUGUUUCGGGCUCGUUACUAAGUUUCCUGAUUGUAAUUUUUACACCUAAGUUUAUAUUGUUUUGCACAGAGAACGUGAAGAUCAAAUCCAAAAGCUGUCAGAGGCUCAGAAACAACAAGCUCAACACGCUGAGCAUGCGCUAGAGGAUUUUAAAAGUCAAGUGGAGAGGAAUUCGGGAAGGAUGUUUGAUGAGAUGAAAGCCCAGGUAGAUGCCUCAAUAGUUGUGCAAUUAACGAGUAAAGAACUUGCUAAGUUUGAGUACUAACGGCUUAUCGACACGCACUGAACUUUCAGGAUUACUUGCCACACACAAAUGACAUUGUUCUAUGCCAAAACUUGAUAAUUAAAAUGCUUGAUUGUUUGCAAUCUUACAGAUGGAGAAGGUCGAGGAAGACCUGGCUCGCUCAAAGAACCUUCGUGAAAAGCAGGCGAAGGAGUUUAGCCGACAACUGGAUGAUCUUAAAAUCAAACACGAAAAGGAGGUAACCUGGAGUGUUCGGUCGUUAGAGGAAUGAUGAAUUUGGUGGCAUUUGAAGAAAGUCUAAUAAAUUAUAAUGACCUUGAGAUUGAAAAAGCACGAAACAAAGCACUUCCUUGUUGCGAAAAUUUUGAAAUUAAUCGUUAGCCGCCAUUUUGGAUCGAGAAGCGCCUUUCUAAGUAAGCGCUAACGAAAGCAAUUUUACAGAUUCCUUAAUCAAUAUAUAGAGAACGACUUUAUUUACACCAGUUAUGUGUUAUUGCUUUUAGUUCCGUCUGCAGGAUGCCGAUGGGCACAAUUUGUUGUCUCGUCGGUAGACUACGAGCAGUACUUCCUUUGCGGCGAAGUUCGUAGGGCGAGUCAAAAAAAAAUAAGUGGCAAAAAAUUGAUGUUAGCGCGCUGCGCGAAACCCUGGGACCGAUAGAACAUCUGUAGACUAUUCUUCGGGCAAAAAUUGUCAUUUAAACACGAUGCACUCAAAUUUGUCCGUGCGUUACGUAUUUGUGGCACAAUCAAUAUUUGACCAAGUGUUACUAAAACUAUACGACAUCCUUGUGAAAGAAAUUUCGUUUUGUCCCAGAUUGCAGAGAUAAACAUUCGUCAUGAACAAGAGAAGGCACAGACUUUAAGAGCGCACCAGAUAGAGAGGGACUCGUCAUUAAAAGAACAAGAACAGGAUAAGGUUUGUUAAAUGACCCAGUUAUUUUAUAAUUCGCAGGUUAGGUCGCAAAUAGAUCAUAAUCAUAUAAAAUUUGUCUCGUCAAAUUGACAACAGCUUUGGAUGCAAGAAUUUGGCACGACAACUUUCCUUCAAAGCGCGGAAAAUUUUUAUUGCUAUUCUGUAUUAGUAUAUAUACUAAGACAGUGGACAGCGUUGAGGCGUGCUCUGACUGGCUGUUCUAACUCUGAAUAUUCUUCGCUAUUCACUUCAAAGCAACUCGUGCGGGAUUUGCACCCGAAAAUAUUGUAACCGUUGUAGGAAUAAAUGCGUUAAAAUCAGUGAUUCAAUUCAGUGUAGGUGGCUAUCGCUGGAUAUUUACCUCGCCGCUUCUCGUGAAUAGUUAUUACUGGUACUAGUUACCAGUGAACAGUAGCAGUCGUGUUUUAUGUCACUGGUUGUGAUGUUACUGGAUAUUCCAUGCUGGCCUGAAGCGUUUUGUUAUUACUGACCUAAUAGAGAAUAAUCCCUGAUAUUUAACGACUUGCAAAACAUUUAUAAGAUCGCAUUGUCGCACAAGCCCUGAUUAUUUGUCCCUUUUGUCUUUUUGUUUUCAUUUUUAGGAAAUACAGUUGGAGAAACUUCGUCAAAGAAUGCUUGAACAUGAAAAUCAAACGAGAAACAGAGCAAACAAGGACGCCAAGGUAACACAGAAACAUCUUUCAUUAUUUACAUAUCUGUUACGGCAUGAAGUUUUAAGGCUCAGUGUUGCUGAUAUUUUGUUUUCCAGACUAUCGCUGAGUUGGAGCAACAAGUACGAGAAUUGCGAGAGGAGGUAUGAUAGGUUUGAUGGAACACAACAGGGUAAUUAAGUAUUAUCAACUGAGUUGAUAACGAAAAUUGGCCACCGUAAAGAGUUCCAAGGCGUUUCGAGCGUUAGCCCUAUGUCUUUCGCUCUGACGAUAACACUAAAGUUGAUAAUACUAAAUUACCCUGUUAUAGUCUCCCACCGACGUAGCACCACAGUUUCUUUAGAAAAUUACCCCCUUUAUUAAUGAAUCACAGUCUGCUUUAAUUUUUUAGUAUGAAAUUAGUUUGGAUUUAAUGCAGAAUCAUAAAUCAAUCGUUUUUCUCAAAUACUUUCCACAUUUAUUGUUGUGUUUAGUCGUUCUGUGACUCUGCGUAGAUCUUUUUCUCUUGGCAAAUCUUUGUUUACCUUUAUCUGUCUUGUGGUUAGCUUAUUCAAGCGAAUUCAACGCAUAAAACUCAGUUGAUGGAGCUGAGCCUGUUGAGAGAAGAGGAGAAACAAACGUUCAAGAGACAGGAUGAAAAUUCGGUUAGUUGUGCUAAGGAUAUUUACAAUCGUUGGAAGCAUUUUUUUGGCCGCGAUAAUGCUUGACUUUUCUAAUUGAAUUUAUUGUCCUAAGCUCAAGCUCAAAGGAGAAAAAUUUUAGAGAUUUAAAUAACCCCUAAUUUAAGGGGAGCUCAAAACUUACCAUCUCUCUUACUUCUAUCUACAAACAUUACGCUAUCGACAUUGCUGAUCCUAGCAGUGUGCAGGACGCGUCUCGUAUGAACUUCGUAAUAGACUUCGCUCACCGUGGAGUCUCUAUGGCUCAGUGGUAGAGCAUCGGAGCGCGGAAUCCGAAGGUCUGAGGUUCGAUUCCUCCUGGGGAAUCAGACUUUUUUCUUUGUCCCACGCUCGUGACAAGACGAAAAACAUCUUUCUCUACUUAAAAGGGAAGUUGUCAAGAAAUGCAAGCCGGGUGUGCAAGCCGGGUGUGCAAGCCGGGUGUGCGCUUAUGCGGAAGUGAAGGGCCUCGCUUACUAAAUGACCAUAGAUUUGAGUUGUAGCAUUCAUGGUGCUCCUGUAACCAAAGGGAAAAAAUCUUUAUUUUUGUUUCGGCCAAAUUGUGCUUACAAAUGCUCUUUCUAUUUUGACAGCAAAUGAAAUUCAAGAGUCAGCUUGAGCAACAGAGAUUACAGUUACAGCGCGAACAUAGCAGCGAAAUGGAACAGAUUCUAGAUAAAGUGAGUAACAGUUUUUCGAGUUGAUUAGAGGAAAAUUAGUCCAGGAGAGUCCAAAAGGAGUAUACAUGCUAACUUUUGGUCGACAUCGCUGAUGUCACGCCCCUAUCGCCGACUCCACUGAUAUUAUAGAAUACAAAAAUUAUACAGGAGGAUUUUGAAAAGUUUUAACUUGUUCCACAACUCUACUCAGCGCUGGUAAUUGUAGUAUGCAUGUGAUUUCAGAUGAAGGCAAUGUUUUAUUUCUCGUGCUCAGUGUUGGAGAAACCAAUCAGAACUCUUUUUUUUCCGCUAUAUUCUGAUACAGUUCUUUGACAAGUAGAGAGAUAAUUGUUUGUUUGUUUGUUUGUUUGUUUUUCUAGACGAACAACAGGAUAAAACAAAUGGAGGAAGAGUAUACAACACGAUCUUCAAAGGGACAUCAGGUUAGUGUAUCAAGUCUUGCAGUAUUCAAACCAAACUUACUCAUCAAACCGCGUAGAUCGGUCAAGUCUAAUUUCCAUCGAGUUAAGAGUAGCCUACGUGUAGCCGUACUCUCCCCCCCCCGUGAAACGUUUCACCUGGGGGGGAGGGUACGGCUACACGUAGGCUAGUUUAAGAGUUACAACCAAAGAUGGUGGCAGUCAAUCUUAAGUGUUAUAUCCAGUCAUAGGUGUUUGCUUAGUCUAGUAUCCAACAUGUGAGUGAUGAUGAGACGAAGGCUGAAUAAACGUGAGUAAGAUGUGUUUUUGUUUGUCCAUCGUAGGUUGUAGAGACGCUUGAAGAAGAAAUAAAGAAAUUAAAAGAAGAGAACAACCGGUAAGUUUUGCUGACUUCUACUUCAAGCAAUCAAUGAUGUCCUCUGGAACUUUGCCUAGAAUAUGUAGAUUCGUUUAGGAAGGCCAGUCAUCAGUUCCAAUUCGUCGUUCACGCGGUGUUAUCGCGGCAAAACGAGAUUAAUAUUCUUUGGUUGUGAAACAACUGAAACUAUGUGUUACACCAAUUAUUUGCACUUUGUUGCGUUUCCUGUUCACAGCACAAGAACAAACUUGGAAAAGAAGCUUGCUCAGACAACGGCAAAAUACGAAGAAGAGAAAGCGUCGGCGAAAAAGCAUCAUUCUUCGAUUGCUAAGGUACGUUAACGAGAGAAAUUCGUACACCAUCUUCUGGUAAAUUAGAAUAAACUCACGAACCAGUGCGCAUUUUAUCGUCCUUGGUACUUGUUACACUUCUUUUUUUCUUUGCUUUCUGAUUGGUCCAGUGCCAAAAAUCCGCGUCUUUGAGUCUAUAUUUUGGUAAUGUAGAUACAAGUUGAAGUCUUCAACUCCACACCGACACAAACUCUUUUUUUCCAUAUGACCUCAGUCUUUGCAGCAAGACGUAGAAACACAAAAAACAAUGGUUCGACAUUUAGAGAAACGAAUUCAACAAGUGGAGCUUGACGCGCAAGAAAAAGUAAGUUGAAUUUGCAGUUUGUAUUUGCUCCAUUGGCAUGUGUAAAGUUUGGCUUCCUAAAUAAAGGGUCUCAGUUAUGGAAAAGCAAAACUUAUUUUUCUCUUUUUACUCCACAGUUGUCCAGAUUGCGCCUGCAGCAUGAAGAGAAAAUAAAAGGUCUUAUGCCGGCUUCUCUUCGAGAGGUAAAUAAGUGCACUUCUUAAUGAGCCUCGAACAUAACUCAUCAGGAAAUAUCUGUUUGUUAGGUGGCUUUUAACCCUCUCCACCCUAAAACCGGAAUACAUAUUCUCCACACUGUUCCCUCAACAUUCCCAAAGUGCUGACAUGGAGAAUUUGUCUCACAAUCAAGAACUUCUUUAGUUGGUGAUCAUUUCCUUUUUCUUGUAACCUUAAUUUGUUGAUAUUGUACUGAAGGAGAAAUUAGAUGCUGGUCACCCCAAGGGGUUAAAGGGUUAGGUGAUGUAUUUCGAAGCUCUGCCACGACUGAAUCUGAUUUUUCUUAAGGGAGGAGUGUCGCUCAAGAGGAUUUCAAUUCCAAGUAAAUUUAACUCGGGUUUGAUCAAUCAGAUUUACCCAAAAGCAUCUUGAAUACAGACAAAUUGUUUCUAGCUUUUCCAGUGGUCUUUAAAUAAUCUACAUUUUGUGAAGCCGAUAAAAUCAUAAUUAAUGACUUUUAACAGUUUUGAGUCAAGUGAGUUGUGGAAUAGCUUCUCAUUAGGACCGUUCGUAUUUCAUUAAUAAUUUUACUAUUUCGCCUGUAAAAUUACCAGGACCUUGAGGACACCAUUGAAUCUCUUAGACAGCAGAUCUCAGUGUUACAGUCCCGCACACGGGUGCUACAGGAAGAACUGGAUACCAGAAACCAGUUCUCAUCGUCUUUUAAUGUAUCAUCGGUUCGUGACCAAGAUGAAUCAUAGCAACUGCUGAAGGGACUCGUCGUGAAACAAAAGAGACCUGGAAUUCGUUUCCUAACAAAGCAAAGUGUAUUGUAUGACAAUGUUGUUACUUCGUCUACAC